CACCAGGCCUUCAUAAAUAUUCAUGUACAACUAAGCCACACUCUGCAUGUUCUCUAUCAGCAAGCCAAUACUCGUUCAACCGAAGAAAGCCAAAACUUUUGGCAACGUUUCGAAUCAAAACCCAAUCUUUCUUUUCUUCUGUUCAUUUGCUUGAUACCACCGAUUCCGAUACUGGGUCUUUCUUGUUUUGAUCGGAAAAGAGAAGGACCCUGCAAUUGGACGGUCGAGAUUCCUCGAUCAUGGCAAGUUGGUGACAUGGAUUUGCCAAAAGAAAGUGUUUCUUUUGGAAAGAAAAGGUUAGAGAAGGGGAGAAAGAAGAGCUUGGGAGGGAACUGUUUCAAACAGUCCCCAGACUGCUAAGCUUUCUUCGACGGUUUCGAAUUCAAAAUUCUAUAUUUGACAACCUCUAAAGAGUUGAGUUGUAACAAGGCUCAAAUGGACAGCAUGUCAAAUUCUGAUGAAAAUUAUGAUCUGGGAUAUCAGCCUUCUCCUUCUUCUAUUGAUCAAAAUGAUCAAUCAACUACAGGAACUCCAGGGCACUCACCGCUGAGUGGUGAUUCUUUCGUGUAUUGUCGGACUUAUUCUGAGACCUCUGCAUUUUCAGACCCUGUUGAUAAUCACAGUUGUUGUAGUGAAGCUUCACCUUCUCACUGGCCACCCACAAGAUCCGGGGCUCAGAAUCAAGCUGUUCUUAGCAGGCUUGGAACGAAGCAGCGAAAAAGUAAUGCGGAUGACAAGCUUGAUGAUCAGGAGUCAUUGGAUUUAGAGCUUGAUAUGAUGAAGGAAAGAUUUGCAAAACUUUUACUUGGAGAAGACAUGUCAGGAAGUGGGAAAGGGGUCUGCACUGCGGUUACAAUCUCGAAUGCCAUAACCAAUCUCUAUGCAACUGUCUUUGGGCAAAAUUUGAGGUUGGAGCCUUUGAACCCCGAAAAAAAGGCACUGUGGAAAAGAGAAAUGGACUGUCUUUUAUCUGUCUGCGAUUACAUUGUGGAAUUUUCUUCCAAAUCACAGAAUUUGUGUAAUGGAACAGCUGUUGAGAUAAUGGAGAGCAGACAAAGAUCAGAUAUUUAUAUCAAUCUUCCUGCACUGAGAAAGUUGGAUGCAAUGCUCAUUGAAAUACUGGAUAGCUUCCAGGACAGAGAAUUCUGGUAUGCAGAGCAAGGGAGCAUGUCCUCGAAUUCGACUCGUACUGGCUCCUUUCGAAGGGUUGUUCAGAGAAAUGAUGAGAAAUGGUGGGUUCCAGUGCCAUGCGUUCCUCCAACUGGUCUCUCUGAGAAAGCAAGGAAGUGCUUGCGACACAAACGUGACUGUGCUAAUCAAAUUCACAAGGCAGCUAUGGCUAUCAACAGUGGUGUUCUUGCUGAGAUGGAGAUUCCAGACUCAUACAUGGCAUCCCUUCCAAAGAGCGGAAGAGCCAGUAUUGGAGACCCAAUUUACCGCUUCAUGUACACGACAGAAAAAUUCUCCCCUGACUACCUGCUUGAUUGUCUCAAUAUAGCAUCCGAACAUGAGGCACUUGAGCUUGCAGACCGCGUUGAAGCAUCAAUGUAUACAUGGAGACGUAAAGCAUGCAUGAGCCACUCAAAAUCAUCAUGGGGAAUGGUAAAGGACCUCAUGUCUGAUGUUGAUCGAAGUGACAAGAAUCAUAUAUUGGCUGAAAGAGCAGAGAGCUUGUUAUUUGCCUUGAAGCAGAGGUAUCCUGAACUUGCACAGACGUCAUUGGACACAUGCAAGAUUCAAUACAAUCGGGAUGUGGGGCAAGCAAUCCUGGAGAGCUACUCAAGAGUUUUAGAAGGUCUUGCUUUUAACAUUGUUGCUUGGGUUGAAGAUGUCCUUUUUGUAGACAGAACAAUAAGAAACCAAGAGUAAACUAAAUGGCAAGCAGGAAAACUAUCAAAGAGGGCUAGCUCAACCCCAAAGUCAUCUCUGGCUGUUCAUUCGUUCAACAAUUUUUGCUGAAUCCAUUUUGCAAGAAGCCAAGAACAUAAUCUGGUUGAGAAACCUGGCAAUUUUUAUUUAUAGUUUCAUGCAUAUUGUAAUUGCUGUUACAUGGGAACCAAUUUGUACAUUAGCAUCAAUUCAAGGAAAUCAUGCAAUUCUAUCCCCCCACCAUUUCUUUUCAUUGGGUUCCUAUUCAUGAAU